UCGGACCGAAGCGGCUCUCAGCAGCAGCACAAUGACAAACACAGAUGAACGCCUGUCACUCUGGGGACCUGCACAGCCAUUACCGUCGCGGUCCUUGCGUAUUUUUGUUACAUGAGCCUCUGAUUGGGAUUCUGAAGUGGAAGUGGAUCUGUUUUUCUUUCGGAUGACUGAAGAUCAGCAGAAACACAAGGGCCUGCCUUAAAUCUGUGAAUGGCUACAGAAUCUCUAAACUCCUUCCUGCUGGAGUUAUGGGAUGGAUUUCGAUCGGAUGAUAAUAUCGAUGCAGUUUGUUAAGUUAAGGCUCAUCCACUAUGCAGCUACAAUACUGGAACCUGUUACACACCUUUUAUCAGAGUGCAACUAUGAUACCGAUUUAGUUUUUUUUUCCAUAUUGCAAGCUAUGAGAUGACACACUGAUGUAUUCAACUCAUCACCAACGCAACAUGGGACUCAGUCGGCUGGAUUCUUGUGGAGAUGAUGUCCUUAUCUACCAUAAGAACAAAGCGUCGGGCUGGCCGCCCCCUGGUCCAGGGUCCUGGGGGGGCCUGCAGGGACCUCCCUACAGCUGGGACAGCAUGAACAGCUCCAGGGAGGGACAGGACUACCUCACCAACCAAGUGUCCCAGAGCAGCUCCCUGGAGGAGGUCCACCUGGAUGGGGUUCCCCCUGCCCCUCGACUGGUGGAGAUGAGACGAGACCCUGUCCUGGGGUUCGGCUUUGUGGCGGGCAGUGAGAAACCAGUGGUAGUCCGCUCGGUCACACCUGGCGGUCCAUCAGAGGGGAAGCUGUUGCCAGGCGAUGAGAUCAUCAUGAUCAACGAUGAGCCCGUCAGUUCAGCUCCAAGAGAACGUGUCAUCGACCUUGUCAGGAGCUGCAAAGAAUCCAUUAUGUUGACUGUUGUUCAGCCAUAUCCGUCCCCUAAAUCAGCGUUCAUCAGUGCAGCCAAAAAAGCCAUGCUCAAGUCCAAUCCGGUCAAAGUGCGCUUUGCAGAGGAGGUCAUUAUAAACGGCCAGGUUCCAAACCCGGUGAAGGACAACUCUCUUCUGUUCAUGCCAAAUGUCUUGAAGGUCUACCUGGAGAAUGGGCAGACAAAGUCUUUUCGCUUCGACAGCAGUACCUCUAUCAAGGAUGUGAUUCUGACCCUGCAAGAAAAGCUGUCAAUCAAAUGCAUCGAGCACUUCUCCCUCAUGCUGGAGCAGAGGAUGGAGGACUCUGAGAGCAGGCUGCUUCUUCUGCACGAGCAGGAGAUGCUUACUCAGGUGACCCAGAGGACUGGCUCUGACAAGAUGAAGUGUUUCUUUAGGAUCAGUUUUGUGCCCAGGGAUCCGGUGGAGCUGCUUCGGAGAGACGCUGUGGCGUUUGAAUACCUCUAUGUACAGUGUUGCAAUGAUGUGGUUUUGGAACGGUUUGGCCCGGAGCUGAAGUACGACGCUGCGCUGAGGUUGGCUGCCCUGCAGAUGUACAUCCUCACCAUGACAACUAGACAAAGCCAGAAGGUGUCCCUCAAAUACAUCCAAAAGGAAUGGGGUUUGUCGCUGUUCUUGCCUCCUGUGGUCUUGUCCAGCAUGAAGGAGAAAAACAUCAAGAAGGCUCUAACACACAUCCUGAAAACUAACCAGAACCUUGUGCCUCCAGGGAAAAAACUGACUGCUUUGCAAGCCAAGGUGCAUUACCUGAGGUACCUCAGUGAACUCAGACUGUAUGGAGGGAGAGAGUUUAGAUCAAUACUUUUGCAAGGUGAGAAGCAGACAGAGGUGAUGCUGUUGGUGGGUCCGCGUUACGGCAUCAGUCAUGUAAUCAAUGCUCGUACCAACUUAGUGGCACUAUUGGCUGACUUCAGCCACGUCAACCGCAUUGAAAUCCUCACUGAGGAUGAGACCAACGUCCGACUGGAGCUGCAUGUCCUGGAUGUUAGGCCCAUCACACUGAUUAUGGAGUCCAGUGAUGCAAUGAACUUGGCCUGUUUAACUGCGGGCUACUACCGCCUCCUAGUGGAUGCAAGGAGAUCUAUCUUCAGCAUGGCCCGCUGUAAUAGUACUGGGGGCGAUGAUACAAGUCAGGACCGCAUCCUGGAAUGGCCGUACAGCACAUCUCUGGGGGACAACGAGGAGCCGUCACCUAGCCAGGGAGAUUUCUACAACCGGGACUCUGAGUAUUCAGACAAUGGGCAGAGACAAAACAGCCUCCAGUACUUCCAUGAACCCCAAAAUCCUGACCGAGACCUGAGAGAACGGAGAAGUCCAAUGCCCCCUCCCCUUCCUCCCGCGACCAGACACAAACCUCAAGAGUCACCCCGCAGCGCCAAAGUGUCAUUCAUUUUUGGAGGGAACCCACCCUUGAACAAACCUAAGAACUUAGGCUAUGAAAGGCUUUUGGAAAGCCCUGAGACACCUGAUCACAGACCCCCCUACUUGCACAACAACACAGACUUUCGGCCCCAAGACAGGGUGCCAUUCCAUUUCAGUGGUCGGACACAUGUGUAUAGUAACAUUGUGAAUGAGGAAGGGGGUGAGGAGCCCCUACUAACAGAACUGCUUUAUGCUGACACAACAGAUGAUGCAGAGGAUGAGGAUGAUGCUUCCUGUGAUGAAGACUCUGCCGGGGGUACACCAGUGGGUGAUGAUAGGGAAGGUGGAAAUGGAAACUGCAACCAAGGAGGGUUACCCACAGCUGCCAGCAAGGCAACCUUUUUGACACUUUCUGGUUCCACUGAUGACAUCAUCGACCUGACAUCACUUCCUCCUCCAGAGGGAGAUGAUGGUGUCGACGACGAUGAUGAUGACACACUACUGCAGACCCUCAACAAUGCAAUUGCUGCUCCACCACCAGGAUUUCGGGACAGUUCUGAUGAAGAUGCGGCGCCUGAAGGAAGGCCGUUAAGCACACAUGACAACAACGACAUCCCAGUGUCGUUAAUUGAUGCCAUUCCAACACACGGGGAGGCACAUGGUAGCAGGGAAGGGGAGAGGAGGCUGGACAGUGCUGUGAUGAACACCCUACAGGCACUGGAGGACCUGUCUGUCUCAGAACAAAGACCUCCCCCACCCCCACCUUCAAACAAUAACAAUCCAGGUGUUUACAUAUCUCAAGGCUUCAGCCCAGAGUCAUCCUCAGACUCUGGCAAUGAGACCAACUCCUCAGAGAUGACUGAAAUCUCUGAACUGGCUGCUUCUCACAGGCUCAGUGAGAGCCACAUGCGACUUUUAGUGGCCACCAGGGAAGGAUACCAACCCUUACUUGAGGAGAAAACUGAAUUCCCUGUCUCUCCGAGUUCAGGAGGAACAAUACAGAAGAAACCUCGCAGUCCAACGCGGCACCUCCAACCUCCAGCAGUUCCACCAAGAAGGAGCCCCCAGUUAGACACUGCAUCUUCAGGGCUGGACAGUUUGAAUGUGCAAUCCCAGGCUAAUCUGUCAUCUACUCUCCAAAGGCCAAGUUCCACCACACCUGGAGGCAAACAUCACAAAAAAUCUGCAGAUUCCAGUGGGAAGUAUAACACUUUUAGCACAAGAGAAGGGCAUCGAGGACAGAGAAGUGUCAGUCACAUUGAUUUAGAUCAACGUACUUCAUUCUGUGAGCAAGGGGAUAGUCAAAGAAGACAGAAUUUUUUAGCAGAAAAUCCUGUAGCAGAAACCCUUGGAGUGAACAGCCCCCCUCAAGACCAUCAUAGAAUUCCCCGACCUACUUCCUCUACCUCUGAUCGCCUGUUAGAUGUUGAAAACAUGGCUGCCACAGAUAACAGAGCUGCAGCUGUUGAGCAAGAUGAACAUCUAGUUGUGGCAUCAUUGCUAUCCCCUACCAAAAAAUCCAGAUCAGGAGGGUCUGACCAGGGGUCAGACUUUCAGGGUGACCACCAACCAAUUUCAAGACAGCAGAGUGUUGCACGGCUGUGCGAGUAUCAUUUAGCAAAAAGGAUUUCAAGUUUACAAGGAGAAGCCCAUAGUUCCCUACAGGGUUCUCUGUGCUCAUCACUGGAUGCUGGUGGCAGCACCAACAGUAGUGCCUGUGCCACCCCAACUGACUCACCACUGGGCCCUGCUGCAGUAGAAUCAAAACAUCAUCAUCAUCUUCAAAGGCACCCGCUUUCUAGUUCAUCCUCUUCAUUGCUCAGGGUGCUAAAUUAUGAUGAAAAACCUGGAAUCCCUGGACAAAGCUCUCAGGGAAAAGACCUCCACCCCCAUGCAGAUCCUGCGCUCUUAAGGAAAAUGCUGCCCAACAUACAUCCUCCUGCUUGCACUGAACCAGGCCGCCCUUCUUCCACUCCGCCUAAGCAUAAAGACAGCAUGGCUGUAGCAAGCAAAAGGCUUUAUAAUGAUGCUAAACAACAGGCCUGUCUAAAAGGGCUGAACCAGAAGGAAGGCAGUGAAGCCUACAGGCAACUGAUUAACUAUCUCACAGUCAGUCAAAUGCAUCAAGGAGGGAAGCUACAUAGUGCAGGAAUGGGAGGAGCAGUGAAAAAAGAUACAAGGCGCUAUAUAACUAGCAACCCUCAGCUUGUUGAGAUGGUUAAAAAUCGAGGGAACCCCAAUGCUCGCUGCCCAUGCAUGCCAUCCUCCAUGUCCUCCCCAUUCCUCAGCCCCAGUCUAGGAAACUCUAAUCCAGCUUCAAUGCAGCUGGCAAACAAAAAUUCCCGGUCGUACCAUUCAGCGACACUUCCUGCUAAACUUAAGAGGAGCCCUGAUGUGCAUGCUCAGAGACCAAAUGACAAUGUAGAUUUAAGGGCUUCCACUUCUGAGAGGCGAAACUCCUUUUCUGGUCUAGAAAAUGAAUUAGAGAGGAGUGGUAUUGACUCAGAGGCAUUUCUGUCUCUCUAUAAAAAAGAGGGAUGCAUGAGUGGCAAUGGGGGAAUUGUCUCCGGUGGAAACCGUGAGGGAGGGGAUGUGAACCGUCCCCCACCUCGGUCAAGAAGCCAGCCGAGUGGUAGCACAGAUGACUGGUUCAAAUCAGAUACAAGGGCAAAGCAUGGAGUUCGUCAGUCUCCUCACCGUCAUCCGAAUGAUUCUGUUUGUUUCUCACCUGUCGCCAGUGCAAGUGGUCAACGAUUAGACAUCAAUCCCAUCUCUGUAGGAAGAGGAGAUCACCCAUCAGCUUUUAUGAGGCAGACAUCCUCUGGCACAAGGUCUUGCAUCACUUCUCCAACUCCCAACCCUCAGUCUCCUCCACCACCUCCUCCCCCUCCUCCUUUAUCACAAGCCAACAGCAACUCAGGAUCCAUACAAGAAUCCAUCCACUCCAUCCAGACCCGGCCAAUUCCAAAUCACAUUCAGGCUGUUUCUCCAACCCUUCCACCAACAGAUCCUUUUAGCAAUAGCCUGCAACGGGGCCGGGAGCUCAAGCGGAGCUCAAGCAAUGUGACUGCAAGUUCUGGAAGUGUGGAGGCUCUGUUUGAUAAACCUAGCCGAAGCCGGAGCCAGCAGCCCUUGUCACCUGUGGUCCAGCAAGGUGAGACCAAAGUCCAGCGGAGACCAACAAGGAAGCGACUCUCAAAGAGCUACUCCCAGGGCUCUGUAUCUUCCCACACAACUUGCUGGUCAACAGGCACUAGGGUUGAUUGUAGAAGGGCUUCAGUGGCAUUUCCACUGCAGAAGGAUGGUAAGCACAUGAAGGGCUCUCAAAAAUUGGACACCAGUCCCUGGAGAUGCAAUGGGCCUUUCAGCUACUGCUUCUUUAAGCGUAAGAGUGAGGGGGAGGAAGAUGAGAUUGAGUGGGAAAGACCGAGACGAAGCCGUGACAUUGAUAUUGAAGGUGCCACUGCGUCAGGUGUGUUUCCCUGUGGAUCAGCCAUGGAUGCAGCUGGGGAGCAGCUGUAUGGGGAAGUCCUCAACAACAUGAGUUUUAGUGACCGUCUGGCACGAAUCAAUGCGCUAAAGGACCGCAUGUAUGGCUUCCCCUCUGGUUUCACAGAUGUGCGCCGUGAUGCCAGCGAGCUCAUUGCACUUGUGAGAUCCAGUGUGGGUCGCUGUGAUCGCGGAGCUCAGAUGCCUAUCCAGGAUGUAUCCCAGUACAAGCAGCUCCUCUCGGUUGAGUCAAAAGAAUUAGGCCGGGCCUGUCGGAGGAUGGCACAGGCCCAUGGUACACCUGAGGAGAUGCUGCUAGCUGUAACCUGUAGUUUCCAGGUGCUAUGCUGUCUCUGUGAAGCUUGCAUGUGUCUGGUGCGAGGACUUGGGGCCUCAGCUUCACACCAACAGAGGGAGGUUGUGGCAAAGGUUGAUGAGGUUGUUAUGAACUAUAUUUGCUUGCUCAAAGCAGCUGAGGCUGCCACCGUCGGAGCACCAGGGGAGCAUAGCGUGAAGGCCCUGGUCCGUCACUCUAGUACCAUGUCAGCCAUUGCUAACGCACUCACCCGCUCCCUUAAAACGCUGCUUAGCAAGUAGGGGCUACUCCUUAUGCUUUCUAGUGUGGCCUACGCAGUUAGUAGAAGCCUGCCUUUGAGUAUCUUGUUAUUUUUGAUUGGUUUAAAGAGUAUGUUAGAAUAGUAUAUUUUUCAUUGAAGGUCCGGAGUUUAAUCAUAUGUUGCAUUUGAAGUUACUGGGAAAUACAACUCAAAUUAAAUGAUGACUAAGAUGCUGAAAGGCAGUCAUCAGUGACUGCACUUGCUCUUUCUGAUGACAAUAUUAUAAUGUAUAUUUACAAAGCCAUACUGUCACAGACCUUUGUAAUAUAUGUACCUAAUCAACACCCUUUUACCUGUGCAUUAUGUAACUUAUUUAUAAAUGUAUAUAAUGUAUUGUACAUAAGUACAAUAUUAUAUAUUAUUUGCUGUAGCAGUUUCAACAAGCCAUGGAGUAUUCAGCUUAGUUUGUUCUAAUAUUGUACUGGGCUGGAGUGAAAUCACCUUCAGUUCAAUCAGUUCAUAAAAUGCAGUUUUACUACAGAUAUUUAAUAUUGUAAUAAACUUUCAAAUAUAUAUAUAUACCUAAGAGUAACAUCUCACUGUUAAUCCAUUGAAGAAAUUGUUGCUAUUGUUUUAGUUACAUGCAAAAUACUACACUGUUUUUUUUUUAAUGACUAGAAAAGAAAACUAAUUUCAACCUGGCUUUGCAAUGCAUAUUUGGUGGGAUUUGUUAAGUAUUACAGGGACUUAAAAAGCACUUUUACCAUUGCCUCAUAUUUUAACAUCUAAAUUAUUUUGAAGUAAGAUGUAUGUUAGAAGUAAACUCUUCCCCAAAUAUACAUAAGGUCACAAUGAUAUCAAAAUAUUUACAUCUAGGAAAUAAUACAUUUUUUAAAGAGUAUGUCAGAUUGACCACUAUGUUAAUUAUAUCUAAUGAUUUUUAAUUUUGUGUUUUAUUAUCUUAUCUGGAUUACGUUACGUGCUUGAAUGAUAUCCAACACUGUAUCACAACAGUUAUGUCUUGGAGAAAAAAAAAAGAUUGAAUUCCCUUUUUUCAAUAAUCCAACAACCUAUUAAAACAUUUUACAAAUA